AUGGACCCGGCCUCCUCGGUCAGCAUGGCCUUCGCAUCUGCCGAUCAGGCAUGCAAGGAGUGCCGGAGGAGGAAGGCCAAGUGUAACCGGGCCAUUCCAACCUGUAACCUCUGCGUGAAGUACCGGCGUCACUGCCUCUAUGAGAAGCAUGCCCGGACGCCGUUGACGAGGAAGCACCUUACCGAAGUCGAGGAGAGGUUAGAACGGGCCGAGGCGCUCAUCACGCAUAUGCGGACCCUGCUGCCGGCCCAGAGUAGGUCGGGGCCCUCUUUGAGCACGCCAGAUACGGUCGAGCCGCCGGCUGAAAGAAUUAACGAGCCUUUUGAUUUUUCAAGAUUGGACCCUCCGGUACCGACUGGCGAGAACAUAACAUCCUCACUGUCUGUUCCUGCCGAUGAAGGGCUUGGCAUGCUUCCUCAAGCUGACCCGCAGUCUUUACGACAUUCUCACCCUGCUCGAGCACCACCACCGCAAAACACACCUUUGCCGUCAUCGUCGUAUGUCCCAAACAACAACACAACGACACGGCUUUCAAGACCAGCUCCCAAGCACCAUUCAAAUGACGUCUCCCACAGGGACCUCAACCUCCUCGAAGCUAACCCCACAGAUGACUUUGAGUGGGACGAGCAAGAAACUCUCACAAACUACUCAGCCUCGCCCGAAGCAAUCCAAGACACGGACGCCAAUGGCGAAGUGCCUACGGACCCGAUCGCAGAUGGCAUGGCCUCUCUCGCGGUCAGUGAGAAAGAAUCCGGCUACCUCGGCGUCGCAUCCGGCGCCGCCCUCCUCCGUCUCCUGGAACCCUCGACAUCGCGCCGACGGACUCAAUCUUCCUCAUCACGAACGGGGCACAUCAACCACAUGCAAUACGCCCUGACCACACAGCCGGAUCCAAACAGGCACAUCACGGACGCCAUGAUCGACGCCUACUUCCGCCUGUACCACGUCAGCUACCCCAUCAUCCACGAAGCGACGUUCCGCGCGCAGUACGCCGGCGUGAUCCCUCGUCCCAGCGGCGACUGCUGGCUGGUUCUCGCGUACACCGUCGCCGCCAUCGGCGUGUACACGACAGCCACAAACCUUGGCAGCCUCGACGUGUCGCUAUUCGCGCAAGCUCGCUCGAUCUUGUCCUUCAACUUCCUUGAGGUGGGGAACCUGACGCUCGUCCAGGCACUCACCCUCAUCUCCAACUACCAGCAGAAGAGAGACAAGCCAAACUCGGGGUACAACUACCUCGGGCUGGCUGUGCGCAUGGCCAUGGGGUUGGGCCUGCACAAGGAGUUUCAGGGAUGGAACAUCUCGCCUCUCAAUAUGGAGAUUCGGCGUCGCGUGUGGUGGUCGCUCUGCGUCUUUGACGUCGGGGCGACAAUCACAUUCAGUCGGCCCUCGGUAUGGCCGAACGAGGGCAUCGAGGUGUCUCUACCACUAAACGUCGAUGACAAGUCAUUGACCGCAAUAUCCAAAUCCUACCCACCUGAAACAGAAGUAAUAACACCAUACACCGCCGUGCGAACUCAAGCAAGCUUCCACAUGGCCACGAUGCCAAUCUACACAAGGGUAAUCUCAAAGCCACUGCCAUCGCCAGACGAGAUGCUACGCCUAGACCAAGAUCUUCUAGAACCGUGGCUGGCCAGCGUACCCCCUUACUUCUCCGAGACGACAACCGUGCCGCCGAAAUACGCACUCUCUCACGCCGUGAUGAACUGGCGCUAUAGAAACCUGCGCAUAAUAAUGUAUCGCCCCUUCGUCAUCCGCCGCGCCCUACAAGCACGCGACAGACGCCCAGACGACUCUCCCUCCAAUGUACGCGCCUACGAGAAGUGCCUCGCGGACGCAAAGGCCACCAUAUCCAGCAUCAGCGACUUCUGGGAGCGCAACGAACAUAACCGGCUGGGGGCAUGGUACGCGCUAUAUUUUCUCUUCCAAGCAGCCCUGAUCCCCUGCAUCUGCCUCCGCAAUGACCCCAACUCCCCUAACGCCGCAGACUGGCGUCAGCAAGUCACGACCACGACGCGCUGUAUCGCCGCCCUUGCCCCCGUGAACUCCAGCUCGUCGCGUUGCUAUCAGGUCAUCAUCGACCUCUGUGGGCGUUUCUUGGAUAGUGCCGUCGUGACGCGCGCGCUUGCCCCGCCCGCUGCUGAAGAGACGCAGUCGACGCCCGGCUUCGGCGGCGCAGACGCUCUUCAGUCUGCCCCUGAACCCAUUGACGAGAGCCCCCAGACGCAGAUCAACAGCGUGUUCUCCAUGAUGUGGCCCAACGUGCCGCCGAUGGAAGCUGCGGAUGUGGUGAUGGGCGAUGAUGCUUGGAUGGAGUUCCUGAAGGGCGGGGCGAAUGGAGAUGGGGACGGGAUGUGGUUCGAAAACUGA